GUCUUCUCGGGUUGGCGACGACACAGUUUGUUCUAGCACAAGAAACGUGGCUGCAAGUUGUCAAAAACUACCCGAUCGAGACUUUUCCUCUCUUGACAGACAUCAGGCUCGUUGUACGCCUGACUAUUAACAAAAGCAAACAAAGGAAGAGUUAUAAAGUAGCGUGGUGAAAAGGGGACACAGUGACGCGCAGAGAAAGCAACACUAGGACUUGAGGAAACUCUACUCCUGUCCUGGAGCGUGCUGUCAGCAUGAUGGAGAAACCUCCACUGGACAGCAACGAGGACAGCGCCUGGCUGGGCGAGGGCCAGUCGCAAACUCAGCUGACAACUGUGAACGGUGCAGAUGAAGCUGAGACGGGCGAUGCAGACCGACCCGCAUGGGACUCUAAGAUCCAGUAUGUGUUGGCACAGGUGGGGUUCAGUGUGGGCCUCGGGAAUGUGUGGAGGUUCCCAUACCUUUGCCACCAAAAUGGAGGAGGGGCCUUCAUGCUGCUGUAUGUUUUUCUUUUACUGAUUGUGGGAGUUCCACUUUUUUUCAUGGAGUUGGCAGCCGGCCAGAGCAUUCGGCAGGGAAGCAUCGGUGUUUGGAAGCACAUCUCCCCGAAGCUGGCAGGGAUCGGUUACUCCAGCUGCAUGGUCUGUUUUUAUGUGGCCCUUUACUACAAUGUUAUUAUUGCAUGGAGCCUGUUCUACCUGGGUAAUUCCUUCCAGUAUCCUCUGCCAUGGGAGCAUUGUCCGAUUGAUGUAACCACCAAUGACACAGUGAAAGAAUGCGCAGGUUCUUCUCCAACGUCAUAUUUCUGGUUCCGUAAAGCCCUUAACAUCACAAACUCCAUCGAUGAAUCCGGAGAGUUUAACCCGAUCAUGACGGGCUGUUUAUUGGCUGCUUGGGCAAUCGUCUCCUUGGCGAUGAUCAAGGGCAUCAAGUCCUCUGCAAAGGUGAUGUACUUUUCCUCAGUCUUUCCCUAUGUGGUGCUCUUUAUUUUCCUCAUCAGAGGGUUGAUGUUGGACGGUGCAUUGGAAGGAGUCACCUACAUGUUUUAUCCCAAACUGGAGAUCUGGGGUAAUGUGCAGGUGUGGCGGCAGGCUGCAACACAAGUGUUUUUUGCCCUCGGGCUGGGCUACGGCUCUGUUAUCGCAUAUUCCUCCUAUAAUCCAGUCCACAACAACUGCCACAGGGACGCCAUCAUGGUGUCCUGCAUCAACUUCAUGACGUCUGUUCUGGCCUCGUUGGUGGUGUUCGUCGUGCUGGGUUUCCGUGCCAAGACCAUCGCACUACGAUGCGUAGCUGAAAACCUUGGUCUUCUAAACCUCAUGUCGUCCCAUGGGGCUAACUCGGCCGGUGUUAGUUGGCCUGGAAUCAACAUGACCGAUCCGAGCUCCGUGUCUCUGGCUGAAUACAGAGAGUGGUACAGUCACCACAGCUCCAUGCUGGGCCCCAACAUCACUGACUGCAGUCUGGAGGAGGAGAUGAAUAAGGGUGUUGAAGGGACAGGCCUGGCAUUCAUAGCGUUCACUGAGGUGAUGGCCCUUUUCCCUGCCAGCCCCUUCUGGUCCACACUGUUCUUCCUAAUGCUGCUCAACCUGGGGCUCAGCACCAUGUUUGGGACCAUGCAGGGAAUCCUCACACCUCUCAUGGACAAUUUUAGCAUCUUGGGACGCCACCGGACCCUACUCACUGUGUCCAGCUGUGCUUUGGGCUUCGUAAUAGGACUUCUGUUCACUCAGCGCUCAGGCAACUAUUUUGUGACGAUGUUUGACGACUACUCUGCCACUCUACCGCUGGUCAUUGUUGUGAUCUUUGAAACCGUUGCUGUGGCGUGGGUUUACGGGACGGAUCGCUUCCUGGAUGACAUUGAAGUCAUGCUCAAAUGGCGCCCUCCAGUGGUGUACAAGUAUCUUUGGAAAUAUGUUUGUUUGCUGUCGAUGGUUGGUCUUCUGGCUGCUAGUUUCUUGCGCGUGGUCUUUAAAAGGCCCACGUACACUGCCUGGAAUCAAACCACAGCCUCUGAGAUGACUCUGGAGUACCCUGGAUGGGCUCUCACUAUGAUCUGCAUGCUGAUAGUGGUUGCCAGCCUGCCUGUGCCGAUCGGUUACAUCCAUUCCACGUUGAAGAACCGCCGGGGUCCUAACAGCGAGGAGGGAGUCGGCCAGGAGAUGCACCGCGAGAUGUACACAAAGUGCAGCUCCGUGGAGCAGCUGGAUUCUAACUCACAGCACAGAGAGCCCUCUGAGGAACCCGAGGCUCAUCCCAGGACAGCUUUCCUGCCGCUGGGCAACGAACACUACCGGCUGCUUCCCCAGCAGGAGGAGGAAGACGAUGAUGAGCAAGAUACAGGGGUGUGAGCAGGACUGUGGGAGGAUGACAUGUUGAGGUGUUGA